AUGAAUCUGAUUACACGGGCUUUCAGACCUGGAAUCUAGGGGUAUUAGGAGAUUUUAUCCAUCCAUAAAAGGCCCCCGAAAGGGACGGACGGGACUGACAGGACUGCGAUUGCAGGAGCAACGAGUCUUUCCUCCCUUUCUCCCUCGUCCUGCUUUACUUGGUAGCCCUUUCUCGCGCGCGGCAUGACACUACCAGGCUGCACUACGUCAAGGACGCCGAACCCAAGGCGACAGCCCUGAAGAGCAGCACUUGGGCCUGCAUCCACUUUGUCAACAUGGCCAUGCCUAGGGGCAGAGCCGCCUUUAAGAAGAAGGAUGGUAUCAUCACCAUCUCGGACGACCAGGUCUCAGUCACCUGGACCCCUUUGCCUGGCACCGGCCAGCCUACCGUCGCUCUGGCCGUUGCGAGCAUCACGAACCUGCAACAAACUCCAGACACCAACCCCAAGGUGAUGCUAAAGAUCUUUGAGCGGCCAUCCACCGAAGGCGGUGACCCAACCACCUAUCUCUUCCAUUUUAACUCUCCAGAGACCGCCCGCACCGAGGCCAAUGCAGUCAAGGACCUGCUCUCGAGGCUGCUCGCCGACUCACGGGCAGGUGACCCCUCGGUACCCCGGCCGGCUGAUGAGCCGACGGCUGCUACGAAUGGCUCGUCGAAUCCUGGUGCUGGUUCCAGGGCAGCAGCAGCCACCCGUCUCUUCGAUGACAACCAUCUCGUGAUGGACAUUGAGCUGCAGGGGUCUCUUCUUAGGCAGAACGCGGACCUGCAUCAGACAUAUAGGGAUGCUCUGGAGAACAAGCCUGACACCAUAGGGAGGGCCCAGUUCAAUAAGCAGUUCUGGUCAACCCGCACCAACCUCCUCCGCGCGCAUGCUAUUGAGAGUAACCAGCAGCGCGGUGCCUACAAUGUGCUCCCCACCAUGAAGACAAGGGCAACGCAAGAUGCUGAGACGGGCCAGGAGUCCUUCCAGCUGGCGAUAGACAAGACCCAGGUCUUGCAGAUCUUCAAUCAGCACCCGGUGGUGAAGAGGGCCUACGAUGAAACCGUCCCGAAGCCGCUCAAUGAGACCGAGUUCUGGUCGCGCUUCUUCCUGUCCAGGUUGUGCAAACAGCUCAAGGGAGAGCGGGUGGCAGAUACGGACAGGCGUGAUCCCAUCUUUGACAAGUACGACGCCGCUGAGGAUCAGGUCUCCUACGCCAGCAGAAUCGGCGCUCAGCAUGUUCCCCACAUCAUCGACGUCGAGGGGAACGAGGAGAACCAAGGAGGCGUCAAGAGCGGCAACCGCAAGGACGUAGAGAUGCGGCCGAGGAAGAACGUGCCCAUCAUACAAGUGCUGAACGCCACCAGUGAGAGGCUCAUGUCUAACGUUGCGCCUACAGACGGGGAUCCGGAGGCGGCACAGGGCACGGACGAUGCAACGUGGCGGGAGCUGACCCUUCGCGAUCUGGGAGGCAGUGCAGAAGAGAACAGGAUCAUGCUCAAUAUCAAGGAGCAGAGCCAGUUCUUUCAAGACCAGCACACAGCGUCUUCCGCACCGGAUCGGGCCUAUGAGAAACAGGUACCCUCAGAGGUUCUGAAGGGGAUCAAUUCUGACCUGGAGACUCUCCGCCUCGACAAGGGCGGGGGCGUUAACCUCCACUCCAGUCUCGGGAUUGACGAAGGCAGCGACGACGACGAAGAUACCCCCAAGAAAACACAACACGUCGGAUCGCGAGCGGCGAGGAAGGCGGCAGAGAGACAAAUCUUCGACGGGCUGGGGCAGAGCCGUGCAGAGCUGUAUGGCCACAGCUCCGACGAGAACACACCCAUGAGCGUCCCGAAGGAACUGGCCGAGAAGGCCAAACUUACCAAUGGCACCACGACGGAAUUCCUCAAGCACUUCUGGGAUGCCUUCCUCUCAGGCGACCCUGACAGGGCACAGGAGCUAGGCUAUCACGUAGAGUCACUCAAGAGAUCCGUGAUGCGCAUCCAGGCUAUAGGAGAUGAGGCAGAACGGGUUCGCAAGACGUUGAUAGAGGAGCAAAAGGCCAACAUUGUGGCCAUUCACAAGGCAACAGGGCAACGAGGCCAGCUCAGAGAAAUAGGCGGCGGCCGUGAGGCUGUCUUGACGCUGUUGGGCCCCUCUCUAGUGGCUUUAGAGAAAGCGCAGAGUCUAUACCGGGCCGCUUUAGAGAAGGAGGGUAUCACCAUGUCGACGGAAAAUGACUGAAUUGCAUCUUCUUGCAAGUGCUCGGCGAAGGCUUGGGGAGUUACAUGCCGGCAGGUUUCUCACGGCGACGCUGGGGAUAGAUUGAGGACAUGAAAAUGAUAAUGAAAUAGAUCCCAAAACAGGAGCAAUCAACCC